CAAGCUUCCUAGCUGCGGGACUACGCUCGAGCGAAGUCAAAGAAAGGAACCCCAAUUCUUCCACGACCGCAGAGAAGCGCCGUCUUCCCCGUCGCGCGGGCGCAAUGGCAGAACAGAGUGGCGCUAGCGCAUCGCAGGCGUCGUCUUGGGAGCCUCCGCCGCCGCUCGCGGCGCUGUUUCUGAUCAAGUUUGACGUCAAAGUUGGAUACACGAUCGCAUGGAAGCAGUCCCUCGCCGGCGUGCCGCUAGAAGGCGUCGUCGAGUACAAGUCGCUCCCUUCGGGCCUCCACAACGUCAAGCACGACCUCGUGUACUUUGUGCACGAGCGAUGGGCCGGCGUAAGCGCCUUCCGCAACGCGGAGGCGGAGCAGGGCGAACGCGGCGCCCGCUUCAUCGCCGUCGGCGCGCUUGUCCGUCUGGGCGACGGCCGUCUGGGCCGCGCCUGGGAACACGCCGGCCCGCUGACGGACCUCGCUGCCCGGCUCGUGGCCGACACGGGCGAGGUCCGUCCGCUGGAGGAGUACUGGGACGCACACAGGGCCUCUGGCGACGGCGACGGAGAGGUCAGCAAGGAGCCGGACAGCCCCUUCACGGUCGCCCGGCGGAGGAACAGGGCCCUCAGCAGCGUAACGCUCGGAGCGAGCGGCGUGCUCCAGCAGACGUUGCCCGAGCAUCAUCCUGCUUACUCGAUAUUGGGGUUCUUGGACACGUUUGGCCCGCUUGCUUUCGCGCUGCACAGGAUGGCGCUGCUGAGGAGGAGGAUCUUGAUCGUCACGCCUCCGCCCGUGAAAGCGCCUUGUGAAUACGUCUACGAUCUGUCUAUACUCUCUUCGCUACCUCACUCGCUUUCAUACACACCGCCGUCGGAGGCGUUGACGCGGUUGAGACCCCUGUUCAAUCUAGGCAUCCACGACAUACCUUAUCUCACAACCUUGAGCAAACCGCUGUCCAAUGGGUCGUCCUCAGAUGCGCACUCAGAACCGGGGUACAAUGGCUUCAUAGCCUGCACGACAGAUGAGAUUCUCGCCAUGAAACCGGAACUGUACGACGUCCUGGUUGAGCUGCCACGCCCUUCUCGAUCGCUGCGUACGGCUGGGCCGGGUAGGAAGCCAAGAAACAAAGGCGCAGGAGCACAGCGCUGGCCGGUCAUGAGACUAAGUGGUAGCGGCGACGAGAUGAAGGCCACGCAGCGUGAUCUACGACGGUACAGGUCGUUGAGACGGGCGCUAUCACCGCUCACGAAGAUGGAGAGCGAACGCCAGAGCGUGGACAUGCAGGAUGAAGAUAGCGAGGAAACUCACCUGCUGUUCAACAGCGUGCACGAGCGCUUCGACGACGAAGGCGAGGAGGAACUGCAGCAUCGGCAGGACGAGGAAAAGGUCACGGAGAAGCCGACAUGGAGCGAGCUCGCGUACAGCAGCUUCAUGUGGUGGGCUUCGGCCGGCGAGCGCGAAGAGGGUCUGAAGACGGAGGAUGACCAGGACGCCGCCCUACUUGGCAACUUGCCGGACCUUGUGCGGAGGGAAGUCGAGCGGAGAAGAUACCGUGACGACUCGGACGAUGAGGACACUGCCCACCACGGCGGCGAAAGACGUGCGGAGAUCGAAAUGGCAAUCAUCGCGUACUUCCACCGCCUGACCAGGACCUUGUUCGAGGGCGCCGAGAUGGCGCUGCAACCGGAGGUCCGGCGCGCCCCGAGCCAAGUCGUCGCUCAGGACGAGGAUGACGAUGACGACGACGAUGACGAGGACACGGUUCGUUUUGAGAGCGACGACCUCAGGCGCUGCGGACUCGACGUGUGGAGCGAUCGCGACCGCCGUUUCAUCGUCGCCUUCGCGGACCUGUGGUUCGGGCGCGCCGUCGAGGUCAGAGGCGCCGGCAUCGAGUGCUGCGGAAUGAGGAUAUGCUGAGCGUCGCCCGGCGUCAAGUGCACGGUGCGAAACCUCUGGCGCUGGCGCGGGGUCCCCGUGUUUGUGGUCGUCGCACCUGCGCAUUCUGUGCUGCGUAUCUGUUGUCUCGCUCAUGGAUCUUUCGCAACACACCCGCAGGCUGCCCUUUUUUUUUCCUGCAUUUUAUACUCCGCGUAUUGUACGUGUAGCCUUGGCCCAUCGACAUGGACUACGCGUGCGGGCAACUCUCAUUCUCAGCCAGUGACCUUGUUCACGACGCAUGUUUACCGAAUCACCGUCGCGCCUUUGUCUGGCCGGUGCAGCCCUGUGCCGAGCUGGAAUAUGGAGUGGCCUCUAUUUACAUCCCUUGAAACGUUUUGAAGAAGAGGAGAAAAAGAGAAACCCUCCACGAACGUUGCGUUCUCGCAUAUCUGCCUACGUCCAUGCCGUCCGGUCAGCGUGCAUAGAGUCGGUCGAGCGCGUCGCUCGAAAAGGGGCGAGGAAUGCAGUCAUGACCUGCCAAACGGCCUGUUUGGUGAGUUUUUUUUAAUGGAGUCUGAUUUUUAGAAGGCAUGGGAAGGUCAAUUCUAUUUGUAACUACGACGGUGUACAUAGAAUCUUGGGAACUACGAAUUAUUUUCUGGAGUCCGCGUAAGAUCGGGUAACCUCUACAAGGGGGUGAGCCACGUCGUCGAGACCAG